CUGGGAUUUAAACAGGACAUCAGUCUUUCAUAGCCCAUUUGGAUAUCUCGGUCUUCACAUAAUGCUGCUGGAUGAGUACCAAGAGCGACUGUUCGUGGGAGGAAGAGAUCUCUUGUAUUCCCUCAGUUUGGAUCGAGUCAGCGACAACUACAGAGAGAUCCAUUGGCCUAGUACACCUCUGCAGGCAGAAGAAUGCAUAAUUAAAGGAAGAGAUGCUGAUGAAUGUGCAAAUUACAUCCGUGUCCUUCAUCGGUACAACAGAACACAUCUUCUGGCUUGUGGAACAGGAGCUUUUGAUCCACUCUGCACUUUUAUUAGAGCUGGACAUCCAUCAGAGGAUCAUCUGUUUCAACUGGAAUCGCACAAAUUUGAGAGAGGACGAGGCAGGUGCCCUUUUGACCCCAGUUCUUCCUUCACCUCCAUCUUAAUUGGUGGUGAACUUUUCACUGGUCUCUACAGUGACUACUGGGGAAGAGAUGCUGCUUUAUUUCGUACCAUGAAUCGCAUGGCCCACCUCCGAACUGAACCUGACAGUGAGCGCCUGUUAAAAGAACCAAAGUUUGUUGGCUCAUACAUGAUUCCUGACAAUGAAGACCACGAUGAUAACAAAGUGUACUUCUUCUUUACUGAAAAAGCAUUAGAGGCCGAGACAAGCACUCAUGCCAUAUAUACCAGAGUGGGUCGUGUAUGUGCGAAUGACAUGGGAGGCCAGCGAAUGCUCGUGAAUAAAUGGAGCACUUUCCUCAAAACCAGGCUAGUUUGCUCUGUGCCUGGGAGAAACGGAAUAGAUACGCAUUUUGAUGAAUUAGAGGAUGUGUUUUUGCUUCAAACCCGUGAUAACAAAAAUCCAGUGAUAUUUGGCCUCUUCAACACUACAAGCAAUAUAUUUAGAGGAUAUGCUAUAUGUGUUUACCACAUGGCAAGUGUCCGAGCAGCUUUCAAUGGACCAUAUGCUCAUAAAGAAGGACCUGAAUACCACUGGGCUCUAUAUGAAGGAAAAGUACCUUAUCCUAGACCUGGUUCA